AAAGCUCGGGGAACUUCCUCCUCACAUCUUUGCCAUCGCUGAAUCCUGCUACUUCAACAUGAAACGCCAUCAUAGGAACCAGUGCUGCAUCAUCAGUGGAGAGUCUGGAGCAGGAAAGACGGAGAGCACCAAACUGAUCUUACAAUACUUGGCAGCAGUCAGCGGUGAACUCUCUGAGCAGCAGAUUGAACAGCAGAUCCUGGAGUCCAACCCCAUACUGGAAGCGUUUGGAAAUGCAAAAACCAUCAGAAAUGACAACUCCAGUCGCUUUGGGAAAUAUUUGGAGAUCUUCUUCAAUGAGGCCGGAGUGAUUGAGGGCGCCAGAGUGGAGCAAUACCUGCUGGAGAAGUCUCGCGUCUGCCAUCAGGCCCAGGAGGAGCGAAACUACCAUGUCUUCUACUGCAUGCUGGCAGGAAUCACAACAGAGGAGAGGCAAAGUCUGCACCUUUGUGACGCAAAGGAGUACAAAUUCCUCACCAGAGGGGGCUGUAUCACAUGCGAAGGAAGAGAUGACGCCAUGGACUUCAAUCGUAUUCGAUCUGCCAUGAAAAUUCUGACGUUCUCAGACCAGCAGUGCCACGAAAUUCUCAAGCUCCUUGCAGCGAUAUUACACCUGGGCAACGUCUCCUUUCAAGCCAACACACAAAAUAACAUGGAAAGCAGCGAAAUCGGCAUAUCAGAACAUUUCAGCAUUGCAGCAUCACUACUCGAGGUCCAAAAGUCCUCACUGGCCAAUAGUUUGACCCAUCGUUCCUUUAUGACCACCAGAGAGAUGGUGACCAAACCGCUGGACUGUCAGCAGGCUGCUGCCAGUAGAGACGCCUUUGUUAAGGCAAUCUACAACAAACUGUUCAUAUGGAUUGUCGGGAAAAUCAACAGCGUUAUCUACAAGAAACUCUCUGACAACCCCAAAUCUUCUUAUCUGUCUAUCGGCUUGCUUGACAUAUUUGGCUUUGAGAACUUCCAAACAAACAGUUUUGAGCAGUUGUGCAUAAACUUUGCCAAUGAGAAGCUGCAGCAGUUCUUUGUCGGGCAUAUUUUCAAGCUGGAGCAGAAGGAAUAUCUGAAAGAAGACAUUGUGUGGAAGAACAUCAAUUUUGGUGACAAUCAGAAGAUUCUGGACCUUCUGGCUGGGAAGCCCUGCAACUUGCUGGCUCUGAUAGACGAGGAAAGCCAUUUCCCGAAGGGCACAGAUUUCACACUGCUCAACAAGAUGAAUCAGCAGCAUCACAGAGACAAGACCUUCAUUGCCUCGAAGAGAGAACAUGACACAGAUUUUGGGAUUUGUCACUUUGCAGGCGCCGUUUAUUACGACUCCAAAGGGUUCCUUGAGAAAAACAGAGAUGCUGUAAGCGCUGACAUAUUCAAGAUGGUUGAUAUUUCCACCAACAAGCUGCUUCAGCAGAUUUUUGUAUCGGAGCUGUCAAUCAACGGACUGAAGACCACAAAUAACAAGAAGAUCACCAUGACACCCAGGAAUUCCAUGAGGUCCCCAACCGACAACCGCAAGCAAGUACCAACCUUGAGCGGUCAAUUCCGUCAGUCUCUGGAUGCCCUCAUGAGGGCUCUGUCUGUCUGCCAGCCUUACUUCAUCCGCUGCUUCAAACCCAACAACAACAAACAGUCUGAGGACUUUGACCGAGAGCUUUGCAUGCGUCAGCUGAGAUACUCUGGCAUGAUGGACACCAUCCGCAUCAGAAAACUGGGUUAUCCCAUUCGACACACUUUUGAGGAAUUCCUGAAUCGAUACAGGGUGCUCCUGAAGAUUACCGACUGCGACCCUAAAACUAACACAGCUGCCGCCUGUUGUGAUGCCAUCUGCCAGAGAGCGAUUACAGCAUCUGACGAGUGGAAAAUUGGGAAAACCAAGAUUUUCCUGAAGGAUGCCCAUGAUGCCGUUCUGGAACGUUUGAGAGAGGAAGAAUUCAGCAAGAAAGCGCUUGUGAUUCAGCGGGUCAUGCUGGGAUAUAAACACAGAAAGUCUUUUUUGAAGAAGCGGAGGGCUGCUGUGGUCUUGCAGAAACACUGGAGAGCUUACAGGGAAAACAGAGUGUAUAGAAAGCUCUUGCAAGGUUUUGGACGCCUUGUGUCAAAGGUCCGUGGUCGGAUGCUUCAGUCCCAAUAUCAAAGACAUCGAGCAGCGGCAGUCACUUUACAGUCUCACGUACGAGCCUACCAGGCGAGGAAGGGCUGGAAGCAGAAGAGGGAUGCAGUCAUGCUGCUGCAGGCCUACACCAGAGGAUUCCUGGCCAGAAAAUCAUUUCAGGGAAUGAGGACUCAUGAGGACUUCCCUUCACAUAAGGAGCAUGAAGACGAGGACGACAUCGCCUUAGAGCUUCAACGCAGGCUAGAAGAAGUCAUCAUUCAGGCUCAGCAAGCUGACGAGGAGCCUGAGGUGGAGAUAGCGGCGAGGAAAGACGAUGAUGAUGAUGAUGAUGGCCUGCCCACAUCUGUUGUGCAAAUUAUCGUACAUGAAGCACCGGAUGAAUCGGCAUCAGAGGAAGAAGAGGAGAUUUUACAGAAAAUUGACACCCUGUCUGAGAUAAGCAUCCCAUCCUCAUAUGCAACAACCCCGACUCCAUCAUUUGAGGAAGAAGAUGACUUUGAAGACUUCACCGAGGAGUUUUCCUUCUACAAGUUUAGCAUUCUACACUUCCAGGGUGACACCAGCCACACGCACAUCACACAGAGACUCAGGAAGCCUCUUCUGCAACACGACGAUGAGGCCGACACAUUGGCAUGUUUGACCGUGUGGUGGAUUAUACUGCGCUUCAUGGGGGACCUACCAGAGCCCAAAUCUCAGGAUGCUGUUUCUCAGGUCUCUCUCAGCAUCGCUCGGCCUUUGCCUCACCGACAAGGCAGGAGGCUGAGCAACCUGGUGGGACUCGAUCAGAAAAUACUGAGAAAGAACAAGAAAAAACACGGAAACAGAAAAGCAUCUGCGAUUCCUGAGGAGCCCGAAGACGUCCCAGAGGAUGAGGGUGUUUUGAUCGGAGAAGGUCCCACGCUCGACAGGCCACUUUCCUCCCUUGAAAAACUGCAUAUUAUUGUCGGAUACGCUCUAUCCAGACGAGGCAUAAGGGAUGAGAUUUACUGUCAGAUCUGUAAGCAGCUGCUGAAGAAUAAAAGCAAAACAAGCUGUGUGCAAGGAUGGCGACUUCUCUCCAUCUGUCUGGGAAUCUUCCCCCCGACAGAGCUCUUCCUGAAAUAUUUGGAGCACUUUGUCCGCAGGGGGCCAGACGGUUACGCAGAAUAUUGCAGUAAGCUCCUGCGGCGCAUUCAGUCCAACGGAGAAAGAAAAGAGCUGCCAUGUUGGCUGGAAUUACAGGCUGUCAAAUCUAAGGAGCCCAUAGAAAUGAGUGUCAGUCUGACGGAUGGCAGCAAUGUCAACUUACAGCUGGACUCGGCCUCCACCUCCGCGGAGGUCUGUCAAGCUGCGGCUGACAAGAUUAAUCUGUGUGACACAUAUGGAUUCUCCCUCUACAUUCGCCUCUUUGAUAAAAUGUGGUCUCUGGGCAGCUGUGGGAAGCACGUGUUGGAUGCUGUGUCUCAGUGCGAGCAGGAGAUGAGGAGGCAGGGCAAGGAGGAGCGGGACACCCCCGUCAAGUUUUCAAUCCGCAAAGAGCUCUUCACGCCCUGGCACGACUGCUCUCGAGACUUCAUCAGCACGGAUCUCAUCUACAGGCAGAUCACUCAGGGUAUCAAGUCCGGGGAGUACACCAGCGAGAAGGAGGACGAGUAUAUCCAGCUUGCGGCAAAGCACUAUUACAUCCAGUUUGGCUCCGCGUACAGCAAAGAGAACAUGCAGAAGGUGGUGGAGGACUGCAUUGCUACGCCUCUCAUCGAAAACAAGUCCAUGGCAAAAUGGAUCCAGCUCAUCAGCACAGCAUACUUACAGGGCCCUUACAACAAUGGCACCAUGAGCAAAGACAGCGUUAAAGGAGAACUCGUCGACUGCGCUCGAGAGAAAUGGGCGGUGCACUUCUCCAAGUUUUAUGAAGUUACCAUGGUGUCCGGACGUGCCUUGCCCAAAAGCAGAUUCAUCGUGGCGGUUAACUGGAGUGGCAUCUUCUUCAUGGAUGGACGAGACAAGAAACUCCUUGAGCUGUCUUACCUGGAGUUAAACAAAGUCCAAAAGUUAAGCAACGGCCCGUUAAGUGACCAGACGAUAAGUGUAUCCACCGUUCAAGAGGAAUUUAUCCUAAAGUGCGGCGAAGCUGAUGACAUGGUUGAGCUUGUCGAGCACAACCUGAGUGGACUGCGAGCCCGUUCAGUAUUUGCGCUAGCCCAGCAGGACUCCAAUAAAUCAGAUAACCCCGCCUUCUUGGUGUUUAAGCGAGGGGACCUCUUGUCGAUAGAGAAGGAUGGCAAAUAUUCCACUGACACGAACAUCGUCAAGGCAACAAAUCAGAAGACAAACAACAGCGGCGCCGUCGAUAAAGCCGCACUGCAGUUUCUUCCAACUCUCAGUAGACCCACUGAGGAAAUGCUGGAACUGCUCAGUCCAGGCCAGAAGACAUCUGGGACACAAAGUGGGCCUCAGAGAGAAGAAAAAGUGUCCCCAGUUUCUUUAAGAGAGUUCGCAUUGGACAAUUUUAGACCUCUCGGUAAGGAGAGGUUGUGGGUGUGUUCGAGAGAACCUCUGAAGCAGCCGCUGUUGAAGAACCUGGUCCGCAACUCUGAGCUCAGCUACCUCGCCUGCAACGCCUUCACUGCUAUUUUGAAGUACAUGGGCGACUAUCCCAUCAAACAGUUCCGCAGUUCUGUUGAGUUGACCGACCAAAUCUUUGGCCCAGCUACACAACACCAAGAACUGCAGGAUGAGAUUUACUGUCAGAUCAUGAAGCAGAUGACCAGCAACAACAACAGACUGAGCAUGGAGCGUGGAUGGCAGCUGAUGUGGUUGUGCACAGGCUUGUUUCCACCCAGUCAGUAUUUGAUGAGACACGCUCAGCGUUUCCUCGAGUCACGACCCAGAGAACAUUUGGCAGCAGGAUGUCUGCAGAGGCUGCAGCAGAUGCGCAGCAAGGAGCCCAGGAAGCAUCCUCCUCAUCUGGUGGAAGUAGACGCCAUCCAGCAAAACAGCAGCCUCAUUUUCCAUAAAAUCCACUUCCCAAAUGACUCCAACGAUCUAAUUGAAGUGACAUCCACAACCACAAUCCAAGACCUGUGCUGCAGUAUUGCCUCUCAACUCAGGCUGAGCUCAUCCGAUGGAUACGGCAUUUAUUUAAAAACACCAAAUCGGGUGCUGAUCUUGAAUGAGCAGAAAUAUUUAUUUGACAGUUUAAGAGAGACUUCUGAUGCUCCUAAGAAAGGGAAAAAAGUGCGAGAAGGAAACUUAGCCAACACACCCUAUCUGGUGAUUUUUAAGAGGAAGCUGUGGUUCAACGUGAUCCCAGGCAAAGACCCGGUUGCAGACCUUACCUUCCAUUUCCCACAGGAACUACCAAAAUACCUGCGUGGGUACCACAACUGCAGCAAAGAGGACAUGGUCAGACUGGGUGGACUUCUUUUCAGAGCCAAGGUGGAUUCUGACCGAUCGCAGUUUAUUAUGAUACCCAAAAUGCUGAGGGAGCUAAUUCCUGUUGACCAGAUCAAAAGCGCAUCCCCUGAGGAGUGGAAGAAGCACAUCAUGUCCUCCUACAACAAGCAGAGUGGCAUCACAGUGAAGGAAGCCAAAAUUGCUUUCCUGCAGGCCAUCUCGAGCUGGCCCACCUUUGGCUGUGCCUUCUUUGAAGUUAAACAAACAUGUGAAUCGAGCUACCCGAGUACUGUUUUGAUUGCGGUCAGCAAGCAAGGUGUGAGUCUCAUCGACCCCAAAACGAAGGAGCUGCUGGUCAUGCAUCCAUUCAGCCGCAUCACAGAGUGCCACAGUGUGGGCGGCUACUUCCAGAUGACCAUCGGCACCUUGGUGAGAGGCAAUGUCUUUGUGUGUGAAACCUCACAGGGUCACGCUAUGGAGGACCUUUUCAGAUCUUACGUCGGCAUGUACGAGAAACAGAGGCAGGCUUUUCGAUCAAGAAACCAGGUGUUUACUUGACGUGCCGUUGCUUUGCCUUCACUCCAAAAUAUACACAAUCCACAACAAGAUGGGGGGUGUUUAAGGUUUCGUUCUAUCACUUUGUUGUAACUGAAAUUCAUACUGUAUAGGGUUACAGAGGGUAUAAAUCAUACCUGACAAUAAAAUAAUAUCUUCACAGUCCGCAGUCAUAUUGAGCAAUCAAUACACAUUAUACUCCUUUUUUUUUGUGUGUGUGUGUAUUCGUAUUGUAGCACCUAAAUGGAGGCGGUUCAUAAAAUGUCAGCCAGAAUGUCCUCAAAUGAACCUCCCCUUGCAGCUUGA